AUGUCGCUUGGUAUGUUCGAAAUCCUCGCUCUUGUUGGCUUCACUUGCGCCAGUGCAACAUUCAAUUUCCCAGAGCUCAAUCCAGAUUUGGGAAAGUAUCAAGAUUCAUCUACGGUGUACCCACUCAUUGAGCCCUUUUACGAGAUUUAUAGGAACUACGAGGAAGACCCUAUCUAUGGCGUUUCCAAAUGCGUGAAGGUCAGUCAGGUGGGAGAAGAGGAUGGUGUAUACAAGGUAUUAGCUGAGUUUGGAGAAAACCAAACGGCCCUCGCAAUGGUAACGCUUGAAUCCAGUGAAGGGUAUUCCGAAAAAAAUAUGAUUGUUUUUUCAGUCAAUGGGGGUGAUGAAACACUCCCGAUAUACCUUACCUAUUUGGACGUCGAGAGCUGCGGAGUCCUAAGGAUCGCCUACGUAAGCGAAAGCGCAUGCGGUGUCGUGGUUCCCGAGAGCCGGCUAGGACAAAGCACCCUCUCCUGCGAUUUUGUUUAUGACUUACUCUGUGGAACCACAAGAUACCAGAUAUAUGACGACAGUUGCAAGAACUGA